AUGCCGCUCUACCUCUCGUGGAAAACACAGCCGUGGAUGCCGCCCGGCACCGUUGUGAACGGAGACGCGGACCCGCGCGGGAGGUCGCCCCAAGGUUCACUUUGCACUGCUGCUGUGCGCGUCCCUCUCAAGCCUGCGCCCGAGAUCGAGUCUUCUGGCGCGAUAGACAACGUCAAGGCGAAGAUCCUGCACAAUGAAUGUCGUAUAGACCAUCUAGGGGCCACUUACGUUGUCGUUGUGCACAUCCUCGUGAAUCCCACGCCCGACAUAGACUCCUCGAACGCGAUCGACCACAUGACGGCGAAGAGUCAAGACAAUGACAGUGUCCUGGGAAGGAUAUUGAUUACCUCUACGCUGUUGCUAUGCACAUCCUCAGCAAGCCCGCGCCCCGACGUCGUGUUGUAG